AUGGAGCUGAGCGGUCCUGGUGUAAGGGCCAGCGCCGCGGGCGGCCGCCGCGCGGCGGACGCCACUGGCCCUCGCGCCGCCAGCCCCGCCUCGGUCGGUGGCGGCGGCGCGCCGGGCGGCGGCGAUCCCUCCAGCGGCGACGACGCGGACCUCGGAUCCCUCGAAAUAGGUUCCGCAUCUUGGAGGCGCGGCUACGGCGGCGGUCGCAGCGGCGGCGGCGCCGCAGGCGGCGGCGGCAGCGAGGACUCCUUUGGGAGCCUGGGGAGUGCGGAUGAUUACGGCGGCGACGGCGACGGCGGCGAUUCCUCGGAAUUCGAGGAGUCGCUGCUGGGCAUGGAUAGCUCGGUCGCGUCGCCGGAGCCGGCGGCGACUGCGCCGCUUGAUGGCCGCGCGACGCCGGCGCCGCACAACCCCGGCGGCGGUGGCCUAGACGGCGCCGGCCGCGCUGGGGCGGAGGAGGCGGUUGUGGCGCAGCCGGCGCAAAGGGCGGCCGCUGAGGCUGGCAGCGACGAUCAGAGCACCAUCGCCCGCACCAUGUCGUCGGGCCUAUGCCCCAGGGGCGCCGCAGGGGACGCGCUGCUCGCUGCGGCGCGGCCCUUCGAGCUCGGCGCGGCCCGGGAGGCGCUGGCGUACAACGCGGCCCAAUUCGGCCGCGCGCAGGCGCUGCGGCGCGACGGCACCGCGCCCGCCGCGCGCGGCGUGUCGGACGACCUCCCGACGCGCAUGGCGUUCCAGCAGCUCUCGGUGCUGGCGGGCAUGGCGGGGAAAGUCCAGGACGCAAUAGAGCACAACAAGAGGAUCUUUGAGCAGCGGCUCAUCAUGCAGGAGCGCUCGCUGCUGAAAAAGGCCUUCCAGUCGUGGCUCGCCCGCCGCCGCGCGUCGGUGGCGAAGCGGCGCGUCUUGGAGCGCGCGGUGGGCCGGCUGGCGCGCGGGACGCUGCUGCGGUGCUUCUACUCGUGGCGGGAGGAGCUGCAUUUGGUGGAUGCCACGCUGGCGAUGACGCGCAAGGUUGCCGUCGCGAUCGGCCGCGGCCUGCUGCGCCGCACCCUCGCGGGCUGGCGGCGCCUGGUGGAGGAGCGCUGGUGGAAGACGCAGUGCGCGCUGCGGGAGAGGGAGGUGCAGGCGCUGGAGGGGAAGCUGCGCGGCUACGAGAAGCGGCCGGUGACGGUGAUCCAGAAGCGGCGCCUGCGGCUGCUGCUGGCAGAGUGGCGGGCGCGCGCGGCGCACUACAAGGCGCGGCGACGGCGCGAGGCGCGCGCCACGGCUCACGCGGCGCGGGCGCAGCAGCAGCGCGCCUGGCGGUCGUGGGUGGAAGCGACAGAGGUCCGCGUGUUUGCUGCGUGGGGCGCCGCCAUCGCCCGCGCCAAGCACACAAAGCUCGCGCUGUCACGCGCCGCCGCGCGGCGCGCGCGCGUGGCGCUGGCGGGCGCGUUUUUGGCGUGGGCGGGCGCGGCGCGGGCGCGGCGGGUGGAUGAGAAGCUGCGGGCCCAGGAGGAGCUGGAGGUGCGCGCCCGCGACCUGGCCGCGGAGAACGAGCGGCUGCGGCGGGACAACGAGCGCUUUGUGCGGCUCAUCGACAGCGGGGAGUGGGGCAGGGGCCGUGUGGCGGAGCUGGUGGGCGCGGGCGAGGUGCUCAAGGGGGAGAGGGACGCCCUGCUCAAGCUCAUACAGAUGCUAGGGUGCAGCGUGCGGGCGAUCCGGGCACCGCGCGAGCGGAGCUUCGUCCCAGCACAGAGGCGCUCGCUGGCCGCCAUUCUGUUGCCAACAAGCCUGCGGCGCGAGUACGAGUCCCUUCAGGCGGCCAAGGGGGCUCAGGAGGACGAGCUGCGGGAGAUCAAGGACAGGAUGACACUGGGGGGCCCGGCGCGCAACAGGAUGCUCGUGAAGGGCGGCAGCAGCUUCAACGCGCUGGUAGGCCGGUAG